AAGUUAGCCGAGAUGCUAACGGAGUAAGCCUACCCCUCUCUUUGCUUUCCUGAACAUUACUGGCUUUAAAAUGACUGCACGUCGUCUGUCUUUAUUUAUCGAGAUGGGAAGACAUUGGCACUAUUAAUGCACAGUUUCUUUGUGGCUGGGAGCCCGUUUUCCUUUAAAGCAUCGCUUAUUUGUGUUUUUUAAAGAGCUGUGUACAUGACAGAAGCCAUGACUGCAGCUGCUCUCAUUGGAGACCAGCUGAUCCUUGAAGAGGACUAUGAUGAGAACUAUAUCCCCUCUGAACAAGAGAUCCACGAGUAUGCCAGAGAAAUUGGCAUUGAUCCCGACAACGAGCCGGAGCUCCUUUGGCUUGCCAGGGAGGGCAUUGUUGCCCCUCUGCCUCACGAGUGGAAGCCUUGCCAGGACGUGACGGGGGACGUGUACUACUUCAACUUCUCCACUGGCCAGUCCACCUGGGAUCACCCCUGCGACGAGCACUACCGCCGACUGGUGAUCCAGGAGCGUGAGCGUGCCCAGCUCACAGCUGCCGCUGGAGGCGCCGGGGCCAAGAAGGACAAGGAGAAAAAGAAAAAGAAGGAAAAGAAGGAGAAAAAGGAAAAAAAGAAGAAGGAGCUGCUGAACACUCCUGGAGCACUCAACUCGGCUUUGGGACCCUUGUCAUCCCCACUGGGCGGCCUGGCUCCCCUCAGAGGUCUGGAUGGCGCCGGCCCGGGUUCCCUACCUGGAUGUGCACCCUCCCUCAGGGGCUCCCUUGGCAGUUCUGGGGGGCUGGAGCCUCUCAAGAUGUCCGUGGGGGCCCCUCGCAGCAGUGGAGCCUCCAGUGUUUUAGGCAGCAGGCAGGAGGAGAGGGUAUCUCUGUCUUUGCCCGGCUUUGAUGAUGACGAUGACAAUGAUGAGGACAAAAUCUCAGAAAAUGAGCCGAGUCCUCGCGCUUCAGCCGGAUUGCUGAAGAACCUCCACCUGGACCUGGAUGCCCUUGGAGGAGGCCUGCAAUAUGAGGACAGUGAGGCCAGUGGUGGUGCCCCACCAGAGGAGAGGACUGAGCCAGAGCUACAGGACCUCAUCCUAUCUGGAGACCACAGCCCUGAGCCACCAUCCCAACAGGACUCUCUGAGGGGCCGACACCUCCACCUGUCUCCCCUGACAGGCAGCAGAGACCAUGGCAGCCCCGAGCCUCUGUCCAGUGAAGCCACAGGACAGAAGGCAAAGGAAGAGGUGGAUGAGGUGGACAAGGAGGAGGGAGAGGAGGUGGAAAACAAGGCGGUUCAGGGAGAGGGUGGAGAGGAUGAAGGAGGAGGGAAGCAGGACGAUGAGGGAGCAGAGUCAGAGGAAGAGGAGAAUAGGUGGGAAGAAGAGAUGGAAGAAGUAGAGGAAGCCAAAAAGAAAGGUGUAAAAGGCAACAAAGAGGCGGAAGAGGAGCGAGAAAGUGAUGAAGUGGUGCAGGAGGAAGAGAGCGAUGAGGUAGAGGAGGAACACGGUAAAGAUGAGGAUGACGAAGAGAAGGAUGAAAGUGAGGAAAGGGAGGGCGGGGUGACUGAAAGCAAAAAAAAGAGUGUUGAGGCAGCGGAGAGUGACGGAAGGGGCAAAGAUGGCACUGAGGAAAAGGUGGAAAGGUCCAUUGAAAGCCGAGAUGGUGAGCCCAGAGACAGAUCAGAGCAUGAGGAGAGCAGCGAUGUGGUCGAGAGGUUUGUGGAGGAGAAAGUUGAGGACAUUGAGGCAGUGGAAGAGGAAAUUGAGGAAGAGGUGCUGGAGGAGGAGGACGAGGAGGAAAGGGAGAUAGCACAAAGAUGUUUCGGUGAAAAGAAGUCAGAAAAGGAGAAAACACUAAUGAAACUUCUUGCGCAGGAUUCAGAGGAGGAGUUAGUGGGACACAGCGACAAAUCAGUGGAGAAAUGUUUAAAAAGUGAGGAAAAUGAGGAGGCAGAUGAGGUGGAGAAGGAGGAUGAUAAGGACUCGGUAGAAGAGGAAGAGAGCGAGGUUCUCGAGAGAUUCAUGAAUGGUGAGGAGGGACACACCGAGGCAGAGGAGGAAGAGGUUGAGAGGAGUAUAAAUAGCAAGGGAGGGCAGAAGGGAAAGGAGGAGGAUGAUGAGAGUGAGAGUGAGGAGGUUUUGGAGAGAUGCUCCCUGAGCCAUAGGCAAAUGACGGAAGAAGGAGAGGAAAGCGAUGUUGAGGUGGUAGAGAGAUGCGUACGAAGCGACGCAGGGAACGGAGGGAGGAAUAGGCGAAGACGCAGCAGGCAGUCACGCCGAGAAACCCAAACGGCAUCGGAGAGUGACGAGGAAGUCGUGGAGAGGUUUGAGACGCAAACCGCUCACCUCCAGCCCGCCAAGCUGGGCCAGAAGACAAAGCGGACAAACCUUAAAGCGCUUGAUAAAAAGAGAAAAACUCGGUAUGCUGGCGCGACGGAGAGCACGGCCGAAAAAUACCCUCAUCCAGCAGAGGAGUCUGAGGCCAGCAAGCACACUGAGGAUGCUUCAUCCUCCAUAGACGAAUCCAAGCCGUUGAAGAAGGUUACAGAUGUCAAGGACCUCUCUGCUGCUGUCAGUCCACUGGAGAAAGACGACAAAGAGGAAACAGAAGAGGAGGAGGAGGAUAAGGAUGGAGAGAGGAUGAAGAGGCCGGAGCCUGUUCAAAGGAGCAUGCCGGCUCCAAAAGUUGACCGUCUUGUCCUCCAUCAGUCCAGCCCCCCGCUCUCCCUCAGCAGCCCCUCUCAGUCGGAGCAGGACAUUGGCCUCCGUCCAAAAGCUGAAGGCCUCAGUGCCUCUCUGGGGCUCCAGAGGCCCGAAACCUCCCGGGGCCGGCUGGUCCGCACGUCCCACACUCAACUCGAAGAGCCCAAAUCCCCAGUACGAAAUUGGAAGGAGAAAGCAAUGGAGGAGGAGAAAAAAGAGGAGAGAGCAAGGAGAGAGGAGAAGAGGCUAAGGGAAAUGGAAGAGGAGAGGGAGAGAAGACAGGAGGAGAGAGAGAGGGAGAGGAGGAAGGCCGAGCAAGAGAUGGAGGAGGAAAAGGAGUGUCUGACGAAGGAGAAGGAGAAGAACAUGCUUCUCCUCCGAGAGGAGCUGAAGAGAGAGGAGGAGGAGGAGGAGAGGAAGCUGAGGGAGGAAAGCAAAGAGAGAGUCGGGGCUCUUCGUGAACGUCUCCAGUCUAAGAGGAGAGAGGAGGAGGCCCGGCUGAAUGAGGAGUCUGAUAGGUUGCUGGAGGAGCUCGGGGCGUCUGCUCAGAGGGACAGAGAGACCCAGCAACGCAAGCUCAGGGAGGAGAGCGAGUCCAUGCUCAGGGAGUUGCGUGUCACUCUAGAGGACAAACAAGCAGUGGAGCGUGAUAGGCUGGAAACCCAGAGAAGGCGGGACAUGGAGCAACUAAGGAUGGAGUCAGAGGAGGAGCUGCAAGCAGAGAGGAAGAAACUCCUGGGAGAGAGGGAUGAGAAACUGAACUCUUUGAAACUCGAGGUCAAAAGCACAGAGUGGAGGCGGGAGCUGAUGAGCCCUCGACCUGAACAGCAGCUGGCAGAGUACCACCGAGAGUUGGCUGACGUGCUGCAGGAAGUGAGGGACGAAGUGCAGCGCGACCACGACAGGAAGCUGGAGCAGCUGAGGGACGACCACAGGAGAGAGCUGAACAGCAUCAGAGAGAAGCAUCUGGACGAGGAGGCUGCUCAGAGGGAGCGCCUGCUCUCCGCUCUGCAGGAGGACCGAGAGCACCUCCAGGCCUCACACACCGUCCAGCUGGAGAAACUCCGACUGCAGCUCAACGCACAGAUCCAAAAGACACAGCUGACACACACGCGCAAGGAGUCAGAACUUGAGGAUCUAGCGCACCAGUUGGAGCUGAGAGCCAAAGAGCUGAAGAGCCAGGAGGCCAUGCUAAACAACAAGGCAGAGGAGCUGAAGAAGAAGAGGAAGAAGCUUGGGGAGGAAGAAGAGGAGAUGGACAGAGGGAUCGAGGCUUUACCCAAGCUGCUUCUGGAGAGAGACCAGCUGAAGGAGGAGCUAGAGCGGAUGAGGGAGGAGAAGGAUCGAGCCAGAGAGCUUGUCCAGAGAGCGAGGGAGGAGAGGAGUGAGGCCAAGCAGGAGCAGGAGAGGAUGAGGGAGGAGAGAGACAAAGCCAGGGAGGAGAGCCGGAGGGCCAGGGAGGACAAGGAGCGACUGGAGAGCAAGGUGGAUCUGCUGCAGGAGAGAUGUGACCGCCUCAGCCGCAGGGUCAGCGAGCUAGAGCAAAGUGAGAGAGUGAGAACUUCCCCCAGACCGGCAGCCAAGCAGGAGAAGAGGAAAAAGGCAGAGAAGGCCGAGGUCAUGGCGCCCUCUAGUGCCAGGAGAGACUCAUCACUACAUGUAGAAGACCUGGACAAUCCUCCCCUCUCUCCUUUACCCGACAGUCACAGCAGCCUGGACGACAUGCGGAGGUACAUCUCCUCAGAGGGCGAGUCCAUCCAUAAGACUCGGCUCUUCCUGGAGCGGGAGAGCAGCCGGCUGAUGGAGAGACAGGCGGCUCUGCAGACGGCCCAGUCUGGGUCCUCCUCUCAUGACCCUGGUCAGGAAGCAGGGGUAACCCAGGAGAUGCUGAGGAACCUCCAGCAGGAGGCCAGAAAUGUGGUGGAGCUGCAGCUGGCUGUUGAGAGAGGGAACGACCUCUUACGGAAGAAAGAGGAACAACUCCAGCAGCUUGAGAGCUCUAUAGCUGAGGAGCCGCUGUUCGAGGAUCUGUCUCGGCUGGCAGGAGAAAGGAAGGUGACCUUCGAUGUGACUGAGUCGGACCUGAGCAGCACCGUGGACCCACAGGACGGGACAGGCGGCCAUCCCACCGUUCCGGCCAAAGUCCAGCAGCUAGCGGAGUCCCUGCAGCAGAUCUCAGGCCAGCUCAACACUGUGCUGAGCGCGCUGGGUUCUCUGGCCCAGAGGCAGAGUGCCACACCCUACCCCGGCUUCCCUCCACCUGCGUCUCAGCCUCACAGUACCUCACUGCCCUCCGCCGCCACCUCCUCCAGCCUGGGGCCCUCUGCCUUGGCCACACCUCCUCCCGUAUGGCUCUCUGGCUCGUCUUGGGCCUGGGCGCCCCCUGCAGGCCCUGCAGCCACCCCUCUCUUCACCAGCCCCGUUGCCAGCCAUCCGAGAGUCUCAGAGGAUCUCCUCCACAGUCGCUGGGCUCAGCUCUUCCCCGGUGCAGCUGUGGACCCAGUAGCCUCCAGCACCAUGAGAGCCACGACAUCUUACUCAACAUACACUCCUGUUAGUGAGCAGGCCCGUAGUGUGCGGUCCAUGCAGAAAUCGGUGGAGAUGGACGGUCAGAGACUGCAGGGGCUGAUUGACGGCAACAAGAGGUGGCUGGAGAUGCGCAAAAAAGACAGCAGCAUACCUCUGUUCACUCGCUAUCAGGCUCCGUCCAGCAUGAGCAGAUUGGUCCAGCUCGGCCUGGACGACAACAACCAGAUCAAAGUGUACCAUUACUGAGGAAACGGGCGGACGACCGGCUCACAUUGCACUGUCACUGUGUAAGGGCUUCAGAACGUAAACAAUUGUGAGGUUUACAUGCAGGAUCUCCUGAGGGAGUCUUGCGCCCCCUAUGAUUUGUCCCUUCUCUGCACACUCAGCACAAGACUGUUAGGGGAAGUCCGAUGACCUCUGUUGUAUCUGGAGAAAGGUUUACAGUUCAGGAAACACAUAAUUGAUCCUGCUGGGAAUGCCACCCAUCUUGUGUUCCCAGCAGGAUAUAACAAACACUAAGAGGUUUUGCUUCUUUGUUGCACAGAGGUCAGUUCCACUUUUGUCCUCAGGCUUUUGGUUUGGUAGCUGUGUGGUUAUGGAAGCUGGAGUUUAAUAACAGCAAAGGGCAGUGGUGCUUUUAAUGCUUUGCUUCAUUGUCAUUUUAGCCUGUCAGAAAACACAAUUUUAAGCAAGACAAUACUGUUAAAAUGAGAUGAGAGCCAAAUCACUUGUAUUUUCAAUUCAAAGGUUUUCAUCCUUCUGUUCCUUUGUCCACUCCUCUCCACAGAUGUGGCACUGCUGGCCAUGGCAUCUCUUGGUUUCCACCUUAUUUUUUCUACCCACUAGUCCACCUUAGCAGGUGUGCCAAGUUAUACACACAAAGCAGCUUACAUCUGCAAAGGAAAGUAAAUGUGGAGAAUUAAAUGGUAGCUACUUGAUGGAAAGGAAAUAAGCAGAAAUAACCACUGCUGUAAAAGCCAUUAACUGGGCAGCAUUUCAUAAUCAAGUCUAAACUAUGACGUGUAUCCAGGCAAAGGGAGAGAAUCCUCCCUUUCUGUUACAUAUUUGUGAAUGUUUUUAGAAAAAUGUUGCUGUAUUUUUGUAUGUAAUAUUGUAAUAAAUAUAAAUUUUAUAUAUUAA